AUAACAGAAAAUAAAAAUGGAAAUAAAGGGCGCAGCGCGGAUCACUGAACACAGUUGGUAAUCCAUGGCCGCCGAGCAUCGGCUCCUCGCCCUCAAGGCGUUCGACGGCACCAAGGCCGGCGUCAAAGGUCUCGUCGACGCCGGCGUCACCGCCGUCCCAUCCAUCUUCCACCACCAACCCGACCACCGCCACCGCCACUUCACCGUCCCGGUCAUCGACCUGUCCUCCAUGAGCUCCCGACGACCCGCUCUGGUCGCGCAGGUGAAGGCGGCCGCGGAGACGGUGGGCUUCUUCCAGGUGGUGAACCACGGGGUGCCGGAGGAGGCCAUGUCGGCGAUGCUGGCCGCGGUGAAGAGCUUCAAUGACCAGCCCGUGGAGGCGAAGGCGCCGUACUACACUCGGGACCGUGGCCGGCGCGUGAGGUACCAGAGCAACGUCGACCUGUUCACCUCGCCGGCGGCGCAAUGGCGCGACACCCUCUUCAUGGAGAUGCCGGCGGAGCCACAGGAGCUCCCCGCGGCGUGCAGGGGCGUCGCACCGGAGUACGCGGGGCUGGUGCAGCAGCGCCUAGGCCGCACGCUGCUGGAGCUGUUCUCGGAGGCGCUGGGCCUCCGCCGCGGGUACAUGGAGGAGGAGCAGGGGUGCCUGGAGGGGGUGAGCGUCGCCGGGCACUACUACCCUGCCUGCCCGGAGCCGCACCUCACCCUGGGCACCAUCAGCCACUCCGACACCACCUUCUUCACCGUGCUCCUGCAGGACGCCAUCGGCGGCCUCCAGGUGCUCGUGGAGGAUGACGAAGACCGGAAGCAGUCGGCGUGGGCGGACGUGCCGCCAGCGGCGGGCGCGCUGGUGGUCAACGUGGGCGACUUCCUGCAGCUCAUGUCCAACGACAGGUUCAAGAGCGUGGAGCACCGCGUGGUGGCCAACACCGUCGGGCCUCGGGUCUCGGUGGCAUGCUUCUUCCGGACGCCCGGCGCGGCCUCGUCGACGAGGGUGCUGGCGCCGAUCGUCCCCGACGGCGACGGCGCGCGGUACCGGAGCACGACCAUGGAGGAGCUCAUCAGGCAGCACUACAGGGUCAAGGGUCUGCAUGGCACCUCUCCACUCGACCACUUCAGGCUCUGAAUCUCUUCCAAAAUGUAUCUCUACUUCAAACUUGAUCGAUCCCAAAUAAACCGUUAGAGUUUCCACA